UACUGCUGCUUAGGUCUACAAGCGCUUGCAGUAGCUGCCACGCCUCUGUACUUCAUCACUGCUGCAAGGCGCGGCAACUUCUCUCUCCGAGGUCUGGCCAGGCACAACUUCACGACUCCCCUCUUCGGAGGCGCUGCGGGUUACGGAGGCGGAUACAUCUGGGCCAACACCCUCAGCCCCACUGACGCGGCGACCACUAGCUUCAACUAUCGCCAUGAUCAGGCGGCCGUGAGGCGAGACGAUUACUAUAUCAUCGGAGCCGUGCUGGGAGCACUCCUCACUCCUGCGCUCUUCCUGGGUCGCACCGGUCUGCUGCGAGGCGCCCUUGGCGGGGGUCUCGGUCUAGGCGGUACAGCCGGUCUGGCGUACAGUCUCGUGCAGGGCCAAUCCACCGACGCCAUUGCCAACAAGGGUCACGAAGCGCUAAACAAAGCUGGCGCUGGGGAUCAUCAAAGCCUUUCGGGACAGGCAAAGGGAGCGGCUGAAGAAGUGAGGAGCAAGGCGCUCGGAGCGCUGGGAAAGGGACCUUGA